AGAUAAUAAAAUUUCCGAGAAAUAAUUUUGGAUUAGGUUUUAUCAAAAUUGUAUGUGUUUUUUAUCAUUUUUAAAUCUUUCCCUUAUUUAAUUAUUUACGUUGUGCCAUAACUCGCAAAGGUAAUGAAUCGUUGUACAAAGGAUUUUUCUUGAAAAUAUUUUAUUUUGAUUUAUAAAGGAUUACAAGGAUAGUUUUGAUUACACAAUGUUCUGGCAUGGAAAUACUUGUCAGCUGUUCAAUAGCAGAUGCUUUGUAAACUUGUUGUUUAUUUUAUGCAUGAGCACAUGCAGUAGGCUUGUGAAGGCUGAUGGAGAGGGCGGGAAAGUCAUUGGCGGUAGAGAUGCCAUGAGGGGCGAAUUUCCAGCGACGGUGGUACUUAGCGGUGCGAAACGAUGCGGAGGUACCAUUAUAUCGUUGAGCAAGAUUAUCUCAGCGGCUCGUUGUUUUUUUGUCGAUGCAAAGCCCGUGGCAAGCGUUAACGUCAUAGUAACCGCAGGCGUCGUGAACCUUCAGACCAAGACCCCCGAGAAGCAGGAGACGCACUUGGAAAAGUACCAUGUUCACGAAAAGUACAAAAGUGUGAAAGAGACAUACACCGUUUCGACACUUUACGAUGUCGCGGUGGGACAUUUGAAAACUCCAUUCUACAAUUCGGAAGUUGUGAAACCGGCGGUCUUACCGGCAGACGAUUGGGAAGGAAUGAAGAAAAUAAUGAAUGAAAUCAAUGCAACAAAUGCUGGCUGCCUCGCAACGGGAUUUGGAGGCAUCACGGCCGACUCGCAAAGAGUAGACUCCGAUGUGUUAAAAGUGGUCGAAGUCUACAUGGCUCCGGACAAAGUGUGCGAUGUUGUCGACGAUAUGGUCGGACACGAAAUUUGCGCCUCAUCGCCACAGGACGGCGGUCGGACGACUCCAGGCGACACAGGAUCGUCGUUCUUGUGCGGCGGGUACAUCAUAGGAAUGGUCAAAGGAAGAGUCAAAUUGAUACAAGACGGAAAAGACGUGCAUUUUAUGGCAUUUACUCUAUUCGGACCUUACAUGGAAUAUUUCGAACUUGGAGACAUGGGAUCAACGUUUCAAUUGCAUCCAGCUAUCUUCCUCUUCUUGCUCUUCAUUUCCUUCUGCUGGCCAUGAUACACUUGUGGGGAAGAUUUAAAAAAAUCGAUGAUUGGCUAUUUAAAUUAGUAAACAUUUGUGUAAUUAUCACCAUUUGUUUCGACAUGUAAUUAUAUAUUUUACAAAAUC